ACGUUUCUCUCCAUCACACGUCACACUCCGCUCACCGAGCACCGAGAGCUCCGCGGGCCGGACCGAGUCGGACCGAGCCGGACCCAGACAUGUCCCUGCAGUUGCCCCCGUGCGUGAUAGAUUGCGGGACAGGGUACACAAAGAUCGGAUAUGCAGGAAACACGGAACCACAGUUCAUCAUGCCGUCCUGCAUCUCCAUCAAGGAGUCGGCCGGUGUGGGGGAGCAGGCCCAGAGGAGGCUCGUACGAGGAGUCGAUGACCUGGACUUCUACAUCGGAGACGAAGCCGUAGACAAACCCAACUAUGCAACCAAGUGGCCCAUCCGUCAUGGGAUGGUGGAGGACUGGGACCUGAUGGAGAAGUUUAUGGAACAGGUUAUCUUCAAAUACCUGCGAGCUGAGCCUGAAGACCACAGCUUCCUCAUGACGGAGCCUCCUCUCAACACUCCUGAGAACAGAGAGUACCUGGCUGAGAUCAUGUUUGAGACCUUCAACAUACCUGGACUCUACAUUGCAGUACAGGCGGUGCUGGCCUUGGCAGCGUCCUGGACGUCCCGUCAGGUGGGUCAGAGGACUCUAACUGGCAUCGUGAUUGACAGCGGAGACGGAGUGACACACGCCAUCCCAGUGGCCGAGGGCUACGUGAUUGGCAGCUGCAUAAAACACAUCCCCAUCGCAGGGCGAGACAUCACCUUCUUCAUCCAACAGCUGCUCAGAGACAGAGAGGUGGGGAUUCCUCCGGAGCAGUCACUGGAGACCGCCAAGAUCGUCAAGGAGCGGUACUGCUACAUCUGUCCAGACAUCGUGAAGGAGUUCUCCAAGUACGACUGUGAUCCCGGUAAAUGGAUCAAACAGUACCGAGGUGUGAACAGCAUCAGCCGGACCUCCUUCCACAUCGACGUGGGCUAUGAACGCUUCCUGGGCCCUGAGAUCUUCUUCCAUCCCGAGUUUGCUAACCCGGACUUCAUGCAGCCCAUCUCUGACGUCAUUGAUGAGGUCAUUCAGAGCUGUCCAAUCGACGUGAGGAGGCCGCUCUACAAGAACAUCGUCCUGUCUGGAGGCUCCACCAUGUUCAGAGACUUUGGGCGGCGGCUGCAGAGAGACCUGAAGAGGGUGGUGGACGCCCGGCUGAGGCUGAGCGAAGAGCUAAGCGGAGGACGAAUAAAGCCGAAGCCGAUGGAGGUGCAGGUGGUCACGCAUCACAUGCAGCGUUACGCCGUCUGGUUUGGAGGCUCCAUGUUGGCGUCCACGCCGGAGUUUUCUCAGGUGUGCCACUCGAAGAAGGACUACGAUGAGAUUGGCCCGAGUAUCUGCCGACACAACCCCGUGUUCGGCAUCAUGUCCUGAUGGCAGGACGCUAGCCUGUUAGCCUGCUAGCCGUUAGCCUGUUAGCCCGCUAGCCUGUUAGCCUGCUAGCCCGUUUACCUGCUGUCUGAUAGCCACCAGCCACUUAGCCAAUAGCCUGUUAGCUCUUUACCCUGUUCAGUUUUUACCCUUUUAGGCGAGCAGCCUGUUAGAAUGAAGCACACGGAGAGAAAGUGAACCCAUGAAGGGAAAGUGAAGCACACGGAGGGAAAAUGAAGCACACGGAGGGAAAGUGAAGCACUCAGAGGGAAAGUGAACCCAUGAAGGGAAAGUGAAGCAGACGGAGGGAAAGUGAAGCACAUGGAGGGAAAAUGAAGCAGACGGAGGGAAAGUGAAGCAGACGGAAAGUGAAGCACUCAGAGAGAAAGUGAAGCUCAGCGUUUGCUUUGGUUCCUGAUUAGUACGUUUCCAGAAGCAGCGUCUAGAGGAUCUGGCGCCUGUCAGGAACUCAAAGAGCUGCUGGAGGGUUUCUGACUGCUGUGAAUGAAACGGGUUUAGAGGAAUAUUGCUGAUGAAGAUUGAACCUGAAGACCAGAGUUCUGCUCCAUGGAACCACUACAACAGAUCCAGGAGUUCUUUCCGUCGUCCGGCUUCAUGGAACCAAACAUGAAGCUGCUCAUCAGCUCUCAUGAAAGGGGUGGAGCCACAGAUGACACCUGAGUGACGUUUUUUCCACCAGAGAGAGCAGCUGAUGAGCAGCUCCAGGUAGUCGGUGGUCCGGUGGAGCUGGGUGAAGAUCAGAGGUCCUGACUGCUGCACAGGUUCUUCAGACAUCCACAGGUUCAGCUGAAACCAGAUCAAAGCCAAGGAAUCAUCUUCUUCCUCACACGCUGCCUGUCAGUUCCUCUGCAUGUGUUCAUGUUCAGGAGUUUUUUGUGUCACGUCCUUUAAAACACGCAAACUGAGUCAAAACUCACACACAUGAAACACGUAUGUUGAGGUUCAUUGUUAACGGGACACCAGGCAGCGUCGUAUGAUCCUAACAGGAGCGUCUUCAUGUUUCAGCACCAUGAAUAUCAGAUCUCCUGGUCUCAGCAGGAUGCAGGAAUCCUCAGAGAUGUUUGAGGUGUUGUUUCCUCCUGAUGGUGGACCUGCUGACUGUUUAUGUUUGUAAAGACACAUCACCUCUAUUCAGACGUUCUCUAGAGACAGAACCACAUGGAUCUGUUUCCUGUACAUAUCUCUGCUGUACAUCCUGAGAGGACGGUCGGGUCCAAACACCAGCAGCACCGGCAGCUGGUUCCUCUACAGUUCCAGAACCAUUAAACCCUCUGAGGCCAGAACCUGACAGCGGGUCUGAAAGACGUGUUCUCCUAAAAACCACCAGAAUUAUGUCAUCCAUCAUUUAUCAGGACAGUUAACCAAAUCUGAGCUAAAAAUCACGUCAAAUUUAAAAAUGAUCCAAAAACAAACCGUUUCUAACCAGAUCCAGUCGAACCAGAACCUUCCUCCUCCUGGUUCUGGUUCUCCAGGACCGACUCAGCAUCCAGAGAGUUUCGGGUUGGACUGCAGGCAGUGUUUCCCUCAGAGACUGAAAUAAAUGCAGCAAAUAAUGACAACAAUGAAACUGGAAAUGACCAAUCAGACUCUACAAAAGUGAGACAAGGUGACAGGAGAGAAAACGAUCACAACAAAACAAGAAAAAAUGAGAUGAAACAACAGAGAGGCAACACACUGUGUCUCAGUCCAGGUGUUAGUCCUGGUAUCAGUCCAGGUAUUAGUUCUGGCAUCGGUCCAGGUAUUGGUUCUGGUAUCAGUGCAGGUAUUAGUUCUGGUAUCGGUCCAGGUAUUAGUUCUGGUAUCGGUCCAGGUGUUAGUUCUGGUAUCAGUCCAGGUGUUAGUUCUGGUAUCAGUCCUGGUAUCUACAGCACCUGGAGCCUCUGUCUUGUUUUCUGACCUGCUGGAGGUGCGUUUGAUUUCCUGACCUGGUGAAGGUGCGUUUGAUUUCCUCACUUGUUGGAGGUGCGUUUGAUUUCCUCACCUGCUGGAGGUGCGUUUGAUUUCCUUACCUGCUGGAGGUGUGUUUGAUUUCCUGACCUGCUGGGGGUGCGUUUGUUUUCCUGAGCUGCUGGGGGUGCGUUUGGUUUCCUGACCUGUGGCGGGCGGUGCUGCGCUGCUGUUUGGACCCGACAGGCAGCGAGUCCAGUCUGAUGAUGUUGGUUUGAUGCUGAUAAAUAAAUCUGAUUGGUGAA